CCUACCUGACACUUCCUGCUGUCGUCGUUAUGGGUUUUUCCUUUCAUGCGCGUGGAUGACGUUUCUUAGAUAUAUAUCACUGCCAUGUUUGUAUGCCUUCAUCAGAUGUAUUCAAUUAGAAUUUCCACGUCCUCCGGCUGAAUCGCUGCGACCUUGGGUAUUAACUCACAUUUGGAGGAAUAUUGGUUGCGGGGUAGUUUAGUCUGCAUACGAUAGGCCUACUACAAAGAUUGGAUUGUGAUUUGGUGGUUGGAGUUUUUAUUUUCGUUUACGUUACCCAGUUGAUACAGCAGUGAGACGCAACAGCGAGGGACUGACCCUCGUAUUUGUAGAGUGCUAUGACAUCAGGCCGGAUAUGAAGUAGACUGUGACUUUGUCACUAAAGCACCUUAUACCACCCACCACUGCGACUUGUACGCUCUAGUCGGCUGGCCCUCGCUACAUAUUCGUCGCCAGACCCACUGGCUCCAGGUCAUCUACAAGUCCAUGCUAGAUAUGGUUGAGAGGUCAUGUGUGCUGUCCAGCUAAGGGCCUUGGUCGCCCCUCUCCUCCGCUGCAGGCCGUCGUGAGCAUGUACCGUAGGAACGGUCUCUCGGAUGGCGCCAGCAUUAACUCCGCCUCCUCAGUGGGAAGCAGCAGCUCGGACUCUCUGGAUGGGCCGGGCUUGGAUUUCUCCAAGAGUUACGACGCCGUUGUGUUUGACGUGCUGAAGGUGACGCCCGAGGAGUUUGCUGGUCAAAUCACAUUGAUGGAUGCUCCAGUAUUCAAAGCAAUACAUCCAGAGGAGCUGGCUAGCUGUGGAUGGAACAGGAAGGAGAAACACCGGCUGGCACCCAACGUGGUGGCGUUUACACGGAGAUUCAACCAGGUUAGCUUUUGGCUGGUGAGAGAAAUUUUGACUGCCCAGACACUGAAGAUCCGAGCAGAAAUACUGAGCCAUUUUGUUAAAAUAGCCAAGAAACUGUUGGAGCUGAAUAACCUCCACUCCAUGGUGUCUGUGGUGUCUGCCCUGCAGAGUGCUCCCAUCUUCAGGCUGAGCAAGACCUGGGCGCUGAUCAGCCGGAAGGACAAGACCACGUUUGAGAAGCUGGACUUCUUGACAUCCAAAGAGGACAACUACACGCGCAUGAGGGAGUACAUCCGUUCUCUCAGGAUAACACCAUGCAUCCCCUACCUGGGCAUCUACCUAUUGGACAUGAUCUACAUCGACUCGGCCUAUCCGGCAUCGGAUAGCAUCAUCGAGACAGAGCAGAGGACCAAUCAGAUGAACAAUUUGCUGAGGGUGAUCUCUGACCUGCAGAUGUCCUGUAAAUAUGAUCACCUGGUGACCCUCCCCCAUGUUCAGAAGUAUUUAAUGUCCGUGCGCUAUAUCGAGGAGCUUCAGAAGUUUGUAGAGGACGACAACUUCAAGCUUUCUCUGAAGAUCGAACCUAUGCACGGCUCCCCGCGCAUGGCCUCAUCCAAGGAAGACCUAGCAGGUCCGUCUGAUGUGUCUGCCUCUGUGAGGUACAACUACCGGCGACCCACCUGUCCCGACGCCUCAGUGAUGGUGCACAUGCCCACGCCUCCCCCCUCUCGCCACAGGAAGAGCCAUAGCCUGGGCAACAAUAUGAUGGCGUACGGCAUGGUGGAGAGUAAGAGCGCCACGUUCCCCAUUGAGAAGCCACGCCACCUGUUGGAUGACAGCUUCCUGGAGUCCCAGAGCCCAGCUCGAAAUGACCCACACAGCAUGGCCAUAUCUAACGGGAUGUCUUUAGGCAGCAGUGAAAGCUCAUUCGGCGAGGAACUCUCGCCAGGGAUGGAAAGGGGACGCAUGUAUGCCACACUGGGUCCCAACUGGAAGGUCCCUCUACGUAAUUCACCUCGGAGCCGCAGCUAUGUUUACAGCCCCUCGGGUGCCAACCCAUGCCACGGGUGCAGCGAGGUGGGCAGUGUUACUAUCGAGGGGCCCCUUCGGAGGAAGACCCUGCUGAAAGAGGGCCGAAAACCAAAGUUGUCAUCGUGGACACGCUUUUGGAUCAUUCUGUCUGGUUCGACGCUGACGUUCUACGGGGCCAAAGCCUUGAGGGCCUCCGAGAGGAAGCAUUACAAAUCUUCAGCCUGUAAGAAGGUGUGUGUAACGGGCUGGAUGGUUGUCCUGCCUGACGACCCGGCUCGACCGAACAUCUUCCACCUCAACGACCCGGAUAAAGGUAAUGUUUACAAGUUCCAGACGGGAUCCAGAUUCUCUGCAAUCAUCUGGCACAAAAACCUGGAAGAGGCUUGCAGGAGCUGUAGACCUCAGAUGCCAACCAACUUAAUGUCAUUUGAGUAGUGGACAACCAGCCAGCUUGCCCAGUGGGGAGUUAUAGUGCCAAGCCCUUUUCUAUGGGAGUCUAACAAACUCUGGUAAAAUGGUGGAACGGAGGAAUUGGUUGGAAUCCUAUGAAAUGAGUGGUGAGGAAGUGUAGAAGUGUGUGUGUGUCUGAUUCUACAGACUGGGGCAGAUGGUCUUUACCACUGGGGACACACACACACACACACACAGCAACGUGUUUAGCCAAGGACUACGUGCGAUGUCUCUCUUUCCAGAGCGAGGAAAACAAAUAUGUAAAGCCCCUGUUUCGUGUCAAAGCUUUCUCGCUUGUCGUCGUUUGUUCUGCUGCUAUAAACGUUCUGAGCAAAGCUCAUAUUUCUUUGGCCCAUGUUGGGUUUUGCUUAGAAGAAAGGAUUAAAAAAAAUACCUGUAAAUGCACAAAGACUGACAGUGUUAAAAGACUGUGAUAAGGGGGCUCGGGGACCAGCUACUUGGGCCCUUGGAGUAUCAGCACUGCCAUGGCCCCCUAACUAUUUGAGCCAAUGUUUCAGACCACUGUUGACUGGACACUUUGCAAAACACACGCUAGACUGAUACUCAUCGUCGACCCUGGUCCUUGCGUCAGGCAGCGGACUGAUACUCAUCGUCGACCCUGGUCCUUGCGUCAGGCAGCGGACUGAUACUCAUCGUCGACCCUGGUCCUUGCGUCAGGCAGCGGACUGAUGCUCAUCGUCGACCCUGGUCCUUGCGUCAGGCAGCGGACUGAUACUCAUCGUCGACCCUGGUUCUUGCGCCAGGCAGCGGACUGAUACUCAUCGUCGACCCUGGUCCUUGCGUCAGGCAGCGGACUGAUGCUCAUCGUCGACCCUGGUCCUUGCGUCAGGCAGCGGACUGAUACUCAUCGUCGACCCUGGUCCUUGCAUCAGGCAGCGGACUGAUACUCAUCGUCGACCCUGGUCCUUGCGCCAGGCAGCGGACUGAUACUCAUCGUCGACCCUGGUCCUUGCGUCAGGCAGCGGACUGAUACUCAUCGUCGACCCUGGUCCUUGCAUCAGGCAGUGUACUUUACAGCAGAAGUCAUGACUCAUUGAGGUUUCAAAUAAGGGAGAAAGGACUUGGCUUUUCUGAACAACUAGUUAUUUAACAUACAAAGGCUCAGCCAAACCUGAACCACCCCCUGCUCAGCCAAACCUGAACCACCCCCUGCUCAGCCAAACCUGAACCACCCCCUGCUCAGCCAAUCCUGAACCACCCCCUGCUCAGCCAAACCUGAACCACCCCCUGUUCAGCCAAACCUGAACCACCCCCUGCUCAGUCAAACCACACUAUUUAUUAUAGCCAUACAAACAAUGUCUUUAUCACCAUUCGUCAUCUCAUCUGAACCAAUAAAGACUUUUCUACCAAUCAGAAAUGAAAGAAAAAAAACGUAUGUUGCACUUUUUGUCAUAACAUUUUAAGUUUGAUUCACAACUUCAUUGUCCAUCAAAGGGGAAAUGUAUUUGGUCACUUGCAAUGACAUUCAUCAUCAUCAUCAUCAUCAUCAUCAUCAUCAUAGAAAAGACAUCACUGUUUUUUUCUUUUUUUUCCUCUACUUGUAUACGAACCAGCUUGAAGCUUCACUACCAGAUAAAGGCUUUAGAGAAGGGUCAAGAAGACACUAGAGGGCCUCAGUUCUUUUGUGAUAUUAAUCUGGUUGAGAUUUCAGACAAGUCAGUGGGAUUCAACACCAUCACUGAGUUAAUUGUAAAUAUUUAAAAAAAUAUAUAUAUAUAUUUUCAUAUUUAUUUUCUCUUUAGUUGUCAAUGGGAAAUGAUGGUAUGAUUUCAAGGGGGACAGUUCACCCAUAUUACAAAAUUACACCCUGUGAAUAAGUUAUGACAGCAAUCCAUGCUGUGGUUUAGUUUCCUUGGAACGGUUUCUACAUGCUAAUUGGACCGAUAUUAGCAUUUUUAGCACAUCAUUUCCAAAUUAUCCAAAAGUAUCUAAAAUUGUUUGUGAAGCUCAGAAAAAAAAGUAACUUAUUGAUGAUUUUGAAGAUGAUGCACAGAAAAUGCUAAUAUUGGUCCAUUGACUUGAAUGGGAUUUGUGCCACAAAUCGUUAGCAUGUGGAAACCGUUCCAAGGAAACUAAACCACAGCAUUGAUUUCUGUCCAUAGACUGCUUACAGGGUAAGGAAGCCAAAUAUACCAUUUUGUAAUUUGGGUGAACUAUCCCUUUAAGCGACCCACUGUAAGAAUGUGGUAAGAGUGCGUCACUACAGUCCCUGGUUCAAAUCCAGGCUGUAUCACCUCCGGUCGUAAUUUGGAGUCCCAUAGGGCGGCGCACAAUUAGCCCAGCGUCGUCCGGGUUAGGGCUGGGGUAAGUCGUCAUUGUAAAAAAAGAUUUUGUUCUUUAACUGACUUGCCUAGUUAAAUAUAAAGGAUAAAUAAACCAAUGAGCGGUAAGGGUUUACACCAACAAACCCGGGUUCCUGUCAUUUUGAGGGACACAAAGAAAAAGGGGUUGACGAUGCCAUGAAUACAAGCCAAAUGCGUUGCUUCAGAAGCACAACAAGGUUACAAUUUCAAACAUGAUCUAUGUGUGAACUUAAAAUGUGUUUCAAAAAUGUCCAAACAAACAUAAGACAGACGUCAUAUCAUAUCAUGUACGGCUGGAAAAUAACAACUCAAAUUAUUUCAUGAAUGAACUGGUUUUUAUUGAAGCCAUAGUCCCAUAUUGCAUCCUCUAUAAGUAUGCUUAAUGCCAAUCAUAAUGGGGGGAUUUUACCCAAAACAGUUACCUGUGGUUUAAAACACGUUUGGGUACUAAAAACAAUUAUAACCAUCUCUGUAAAAAGUGGUUAGGACAUCAACCUUGAUUUCUAUUUAAAGAAAAAUGUUAUUUUUCUGUUUUAAUUAGCACCCA